AUGAGGGCUAAUUUUAGUGCUUACUUUGUAGGUGAUAUCAGUUUAGAAGACGAAUUGAGGGAUCGUUUUCGUGAUCAUGUCGUGGCUGGACCGGAAUUAGCAUCACUAUCCGGCCUUGAUGGAGAACAAUGCAAAGAUGCGUGCUUUUCCAUUCCAGAGGCUGCCAUCUAUACGUGGUCUCCGGAUGAUUUGGAUGACGAUGACGCCACUAUC